AGCGUGCCGGUCGACUGGAGCUGGACACCAGAUCAUCGGUACGCGGUGGGCAAAGGAGAAGUGUGCGCCUGUUCUUCCUGACAGUCAUCUUAUCUACCGAGAAAAUGCCUAGCUUUAACGCCGUUCUUUUGAACCUUUUACUGCCUGUCAUUUUGGCAGUCAUUUUCUUUCGAUCCUCGGCGCUGACAACCCUCAGAGAUGGCGUAAAACCGUUGUUCACUCACAAUAGACUGGAGUCCAAUGACACGGUAGUGGCAGGCCCCGCCGGCCAGCUUGCCGAGGCAAUCGAUGCGUUGCUCAGCCCACACUUCCUGUUGUCCCUGGUGGUGAGCGUGAUCUCAGUCUAUGUUUUCGUGUAUCUCUACCAGUUAUUUUUCGUCCCCCUCAACUGGACGAGAACUGAGGGGGAUGUUGGUUACAUUUUGGACGAUCGAGGGGGAAAGAGCAAGAUGGAUGUUGCGAAUGAGAUCCGGCGUCGUCGACGGAUGGGGGAUAUUCCACCUGUCUACCCGAAUGGAUGGUUUGCGUUGUUCCGGUCAUUUCAGGUUCAGAAAGAACCCCGUUCUAUAUGUGCGCUUGGCCACGAACUUGUGGUGUAUCGCGGUGAGAGCGGCCAAGUCUUCGUCGUCGACGCAUACUGCCCUCACCUGGGCGCCAAUCUAGGGGUCGGAGGUCAAAUCAGAGGGGACUGCCUGGAGUGUCCAUUCCACGGCUGGACCUUUCGCGGGGACGAUGGCAAGUGCGUCAAGGUUCCCUACGCUGAGAAAGUUCCUGACUUUGCCAAGAUUCGAUCCUGGCCCUGCCUUGAGAGGAACGGAGAGAUCUAUGUCUGGCACCAUGCCGAAGGGGCGGAGCCUACCUGGUUCCCUCUGGAGGUGGAAGAGAUCACCAGCGGCAAGAUGAAAUACCACGGAAUCACCGAGCACUUUAUCAAUGCCCAUGUAGAGGAAGUACCAGAGAAUGGAGCAGAUAUUGCCCAUCUGGGCCAUCUACACAGUCCUAUCAUGUUCUUAGGCAGAGAUCUCCGUGUUAUUUACAACUUGUUCUGGUCAUUUGCUAAGCAUGAGUGGCAAGGCACCUGGGAGAUUGAUGAGGAGAACAAACACACUGGCACGCUGUCCCUGAAGCACAAAUGUACCGUCUUUGGCAUCCCGUUACCUCUUCUCAGUGUAACAGCCGAAGCCGUACAGGUUGGCCCAGGCAUCGUUCAUCUGGUCAUCCAUCACUGGCUGUUUGGCGAUGCCAUUCUUAUCCAUACCAUCACCCCUGUUGAGCCCCUCAAGCAGAAGCUGACGCACUGCUGUUGGAGCAAGUCCUUCCCUCGAUUUGCUGCCAAGCUGGUUCUCUUUGCCGAGUGCCUACAGGUGGAACGUGACAUGAUGGUUUGGAACCACAAGACCUAUCUAUCCAAGCCUGUUCUGGUCAAGGAGGAUUCACUGAUUGCCAAACAUCGCCGCUGGUACUCCCAGUUCUACUCGGAAAACAGUCCCCGGUACACAGAAAAGAAAACGGAGAUGUCCUGGUGAGAGGGUCCAAAGACCAUGGAAAAAAUCAGUAGGAAAGUUAGAAACUGUAGGUAAAAAAGACAAAAAUCACAUUUGUACGGGAUCUUAACAAGUUUUGCUAUAAUCAGGCUUUGCCAGGUGUCUGUUCAGAUAGUACAGUUGAACUGUUGAAUCAUUGCUUCUUGAUUAUGACUCAAUCAGAGUUUGUUUACUCUGCAGUUCAUAUACAAAAGAACAGCCCUUGUGAUGAAAAGAUGUAUGUUUUGAGUCAUGUUCACCUUAAACUGGUGGAACUCGUAAUAAUGUUAAAAAAACAACCAAUUGCCCUACUCCCAGCAUAAUCAGGAUUCUUCUAAAAUAGCAGGACUAUAGUUAAAAAUACUUAUGAUGACAAAGAGAAAAUAGACGUGUUGGUUGAGGUUUCAUUUUCCAAAAAAGCCUGUCUGGACCUUCUCACAACUCGGACGGAAGGCCAAGAUUCAGCUGACCAAUAUCCAGUCACCAAAUAUUUUGAAAUGCACAUUAAUUAGAAGUAUAUCCUUCAAGUUUUAUGUCAAUGUGACAUAGAUUUUGGCUGACCUUUGUUGCUCAGGCUUCCGUACAUGUCAGCCCGUGCUGUGACCUCAUACCAGUGUGAAAACAACAUUUUUGGCUGGCUUGUUUCAGAAACGCAUGUACAAAGUUUGCACAAGCAUUGUCUCUGAACACUACUCAUGAUUUCCCCCCCCCCACCGAAAAGUUGUUUUGGCUUGAAAUCUGACACACUUUUGUUAUCAAACUUCUCCCAAAAUACAGUCAGGAUAAACAGUAAAAAAGGAAGGAAGUAAACAAUGCAACAACAAACAGAAAAAUGUAACCCAAUUUCACGUAACAUCCUUUUGCACUUGAAAAACCCAUGAAACGACAUAUUGCUCUGUCAUUAGGAAGCAACAAACUUCUUUUUUGGAGAGAAAAAUAUCCGUGAUGAAUGAGGAAACAAGAAAUUUCAUGUUAAACAAGGCUUAAAUACAUGUAGGACAAUUUUUGUCAAAUGUCAGUUUUUUUAUCACUAAUAUUUCUGAAUUGUGACGGUGUGAUAAAUGUUAGUGGACCAAAAAAAGGAAAUUAUUUAUUUCUGACCGUGUGUGAAUUAGUAAACUCACUAUCAGACCUUAUACUGUACAUGAUUAAAUGUUUAAUUUUUGUAACAAAAGAGUACAAAACUACCCAGUAUGUCUGUUGGAGUCAGAAAUUUAAUAUUUUCCAGAAUACAGAAGUUAAAAAGAAAAGUUUGCAAUUAACAUCACGAUAAUCUAUUUUUUUCACAGGAAUUAUAUUCGAGUGGUGAAUACCCUUUCAAAUUACUGCUUUUAUUAUUUUUUUUUAACCAAGGAAACUUGAUGAAAUUGUCUCACUGAACUCAGUGUGUGGAUGCUUGUGCCCUCCAUCGUUAUCUUAUUUUUGUAGGUAGUCAACAGUAGGAGUUGCUUUUCCAAAUUUUUAAACAGUUUUUCGGCAAACUGUACAUAGUGCAUUUAGUAUUUGCUUGAACCAAGGAAACUUCAAGACUGACAUCCACCUUCCAGUGAAAAAAAUCCAGGUGAAAAUCUUGGUACCGCCUGCCACAAAAUGGAUUGUGCUAAGUAAUUUUGGGGGGUUGGGGUAGGUUAAUGAGUAGGCAUUAAGAGGGACAUUUAGAGAGGUAUUGUGUAUGAAAUUGUAAACAAACACUGUCUAAAUGGACCGAUCCAGUAAGCCCCGCCCACUGUUCACUUGCUCUUUUCCAGUGCCACACUACAGGAUCCGGCCACACACAUCCCAUGAGCAUGCAUGCAUGUCGGACUUUAGUGCACACGUCGGACAUACAUUGUAAACCAAGGCUCUGAUUGGUCAAAAAACAGUGGAGUGGGACUUGAUGGAUUGGUCUAUUGUGAAAGGGUUUCUGAAUGCAGAUUUCUUUAAAUGGCAUGAAAGGUUGAUUGUUUUGCUUUAAAACUCAGAGUGCAGAUCACCACUCGGAGAACAAAAAUGAUACAUAUGGAAUGAUUUGUUCAUUUAUAAUUAAUUACUAGUAGUUACUAUAUAUCUAUCCGACGAAGCUUACACGUGAUGGAUUUCUGUUAUAACCACAACAGUUUUGUCAGCAUCUUGUUUCAAUCCUUCUCCAACAAAAUUUCACUAAGCAGCAUACAUGUAUAUAUCAUCUGUAUGAUUUAUUGCUUUAGCUACGUUUGCUGUUUGGUAGUCGGCAGCUGAGCUUAUUGAGUGAGUGAAGUAGGUAAAAUGUGAAGUUAAAUUUUCCAUUGAACAAAGAUUUAGAUGUAGAAGUCUCUCUUGUGCACACUUUCCAAUCAUGAUGUUAGUAAUUUAAUCACACAAAAUUGUCAAGGUGUUGUGCAUUAAAAGCCACAAAGUUUCAUUUCAAAGUUUAAUAAGCUACUUCACUGUAUAAAGUCCAAUAAAGAUACAUCAAGAUUUAUUUGGUUUGGCUUGUUUUUGAAUGAAGCAUGGACUAACCUUUAUUUUCUAAUAAAUGAAACUAUUCAAAAGUAAAUUACAUGUACAGUAGUAGUGUCUAUUUACCUUUGUAUUAAAGUUGUGCCUAAUUUUGAUUGAAAAUAUUUUAUGGAAUGUGGAAAAUAUUUCAUGAAAUUUGUCAGUAGAGGGUAAAUUGCACAAUUUAAGAUUUAUUUUAAACCAAUGUCACUUCACCCAGCAGAUAAUAGUAACUUGUUUCAAGUUAACCGAGUGAAAGCGUUUCUCCAACUGCAAAAGUGACAGGUGCUUUUACUCGCUAGAUCUGAAGUUGUCGUAGUAAAAGUUUGUGUAUGUGGCAUUAAGACUGUUUGGAAGAUGUGCCAUUGUUCACGGUGGCUGCUUCAUAAAAAUGCACAUCGUGCACAUUCUUAAUGCUUGCAAUAGUAUGUUGUAAACAUCCUAGGCUAUGGAGGCUUUGUGUGGUAGCCAUCUUACAGGGCAGUUCUUUUAUUCAAAAGGGCAUGCCCAAGGGAUGUUUCCCUGUGAAACUAGAACUGCCCUGCAAGAUGGCAACCAUGCAAAGCCUCUGUUAGUUAACAAACUACACCUGGGCUUUGUACCACAUCUGUGAGACCUUGAAAUUUUGGUCACCAAAGUAGAAAAAGCAGCGUACUACUUGAAAGCGCUUUUCAUCACCAAUUUUAUGUUUGAUUGAAACAAGUUUUGGAAUGGUGCCCAAUGUCAUGGUGCUGUUUGAUAUUGAACCCACGUUGUAUUUUGCAGUGAAUGUAUGUUAAGCAAUUUCUUGUGCUUUUGAGAUGGUUUCCAAAUUGUUUUCCCAAUAGAAGCAAAUUACUUCUAGAUACAACUUUUUCGUUGUGUAGUGUUGAUAGCCUGUGUGAGAUGAUCAUCAGUAGGUUUGGGCCUAAUAUGUCCUUUAUCAGCAUUUGGGUAUUUUUGUUACCAUGAUAUGAUUCAAAACAUAAAAAGGUUUUUUAUACAUAACAUUGGCAGUCCUGGGUAAUAAUCAUAUAAAAUGUGUAAAUUGUUUAAUCAUAUUUAUAAAUAUAGAUAAAUUAUGAGUAAAUGGAACCAUGCACAUAAUUAAAAUGUGGAAAGAUUGAA